CCCAGGAUCAGAGCUACCUGUCAAAGUGAGCAAACAAGUGUUUUGUUUCCGCGUGCGUAAGCACGGCCCCGCCCAUUAUAAUAAUACAAGGAACAAGGAAACAACACCUGCUGCCGCUGCGCAUCUUUCGCUCACGUCCACGAACUACUAGUCAUACACAGGACAUCACCAUGUCUGAGGAUAAAACAGUCACAUUGAAGCCUGUGGACCUGGUAGAACCAGAACCAGGCUUCUCAUCCUCUCACCUAGACCCCGCCGAUACCUCCUAUCAGCCCCCUGCUUUAGAUAAGACACCGGGUCAGCCAGACCUCCAAGGCCUGGACAGUGGACACCCGGGGACAGAGGAGAAAGGCCCUGUUGGCCCUACUACACCUGAUGCUGUGGCUCAGGGGAAUCGAUGGACCUCAACACUGGACCAGUUUAAACUGAAGCGGUUCUUCGUCUUGAGGCCAGGGACCAUGGACCAAGCUCUUGAGGACAUCAAGGCUCUGGUCAAUCAGGAUGAGGAUGGCGAUGUCCAUGGUGUCUGGCUGAUGGCCGAGGUUGACCAUUGGAACAACGAGAGAGAGCGUGUGGUGCUGAUCACAGACAGCUCUCUGCUGAUCUGUAAGUACGACUUCGUCAUGCUCAACUGUGAAAACAUACAGAGAAUCCCUCUCAACUUUGUGGACCGCAUCACCCACGGCAACUUCAGCUUCCCCCAGCGGUCUCUUCUCACGAGAGAAGGAGAGGGUGUGCGUGUGUUCUGGGACCGGCUAAGGGAACCCUCAUUCUCGUCUCGGUGGAACCCAUUCACUACAGACUACCCGUUCAGCACCUUUACCUAUCACCCUGUCAGGAACAUAGACCACAGGUUCACUGCUCUCUGUGAGAUCCAGAGCUUCCGUGAGCAGCUGACGGAGGCAGCCCAGAAGGCCCACCUGAAGAAGCCCAUCCCUGGGAAGGCCAACGGAGUCCUGGUGCUGAACCAGCCCCUGCUCAUCGAAUCCUACGUGGGUCUGAUGUCCUUCAUCGGGAACCAGAACAAGCUGGGAUACUGCCUGGCACGGGGAAACAUCGGCUUUUAAACAAUGCUUUAGCUAGAAUCUUUGAAUGUGCAUUACUACUUGAUUACUUAAUCAUAGUUUGUAGUUGUGGCCUAGUUACAGAUAUGAAGUAUCAUUAUAAAUAUUUUUAAUCCGGUGUCUAGUCUUCCCUUGGUCAUUCCUUAUAGUCCGCUCUCUAAUUUUAACUAAGCUUUAACUAGACUACAAUUUCUACUUCAUUUCUUUUUGUUUCUUUGUUUGCAAUCAUUUGCCUAUUUACAGAUUUGAAGUCGUUUUUUAUAAUUUAAUAGUUGGAAGGAUGUGUUUUGAUGCUAAUUUAAAAUGUAUUUUCAGAGGUCAAUUUUGAAAAUGUUGGGGUUUGUUAGUUUACUUUUCUAUACCUUUAGUAGAACAGUGUUCAUGUCUAAAUGUAGUUCUGUCAUUCUGAUCCCCUUUUGGGUUCAUUUCCUACGUAGUGACUGUGCCAAAUGUGUUCCUGCCGUCCCAGAGUUUAUAAAAUGUAUACAAUACCGUGACUCUCUUCUACAGCUCAUCUGACUUUACCGUUCUCUAACUUAAUUACUUAGCUCAAUGUACAAACAGCCAGUAACAUCCACAUCCUUUGGCUGGAUGAUUGAUUCCCUUGGUAUUCCAGGACCUUUACAUUUGACCUCUUCACUGAUGCUAUAAUAAUUCACCACUGUUUGCGAUGGGAGUUUCUCCCCUUCGUGGUCCUUUGGUUGUGUCCCAAAUUGACACCCUAAUCCCUAGAGUAGUGCACUACUUAGGGAUUAGGUAGUGCACUACUUAUGGAAUAGAAUGAGAUUUUGGACACGGACAAUAUAUUAUCCCUGUGUCAUUCUCUUACUGGAACAAGAGGGUGUGUUUGUCAGCUCUGUUUUAAAGGUGUAUAGUGUGUUAUUACAGUGAGUACGGUACUGGUAAUGUCCCCUGAUUUAUGAGUAUAUACCACGUGUCCUGCUGCCGUGCUUGUAUCUAUAGCACUGGGCCCAUGUCAGACUAUAACCAGCCAGCCGAUCCUAUCCUGUCCUGGUAAAUAAGGCCCAUCCUAUCAUGGUAAACGAGGCACAUCCUGUCCUGGUAAAUGAGGCCCAUCCUAUCCUGUCCUGGUAAACGAGGCACAUCCUGUCCUGGUAAAUGAGGCACAUCCUAUCCUGUCCUGGUAAACGAGGCACAUCCUGUCCUGGUAAAUUAGGCACAUCCUAUCCUGUCCUGGUAAAUGAGGCACAUCCUAUCCUGUCCCGGUAAAUGAGGCCCAUCCUAUCCUGAGCCUGUCCUAGUUAAUCAGGCCCAUCCUAUCCUGAGCCUGUCCCAGUUAAUGAGGACCUUCCUAUCCUGAGCCUGUCCUAGUUAAUCAGGCCCUUCCUAUCCUGAGCCUGUCCUAGUUAAUCAGGCCCAUCCUAUCCUGAGCCUGUCCCAGUAACUGAGGCCCAUCCUAUCCUGAGCCUGUCCUAGUUAAUCAGGCCCAUCCUAUCCUAAGCCUGUCCUAGUUAAUCAGGCCCAUCCUAUCCUGAGCCUGUCCUAGUUAAUCAGGCCCAUCCUAUCCUGAGCCUGUCCCAGUUAAUGAGGACCUUCCUAUCCUGAGCAUGUCCAAGUUAAUCAGGCCCAUCCUAUCCUGAGCCUGUCCUAGUUAAUCAGGCCCAUCCUAUCCUAAGCCUGUCCUAGUUAAUCAGGCCCAUCCUAUCCUGAGCCUGUCCUAGUUAAUCAGGCCCAUCCUAUCCUGAGCCUGUCCCAGUUAAUGAGGACCUUCCUAUCCUGAGCAUGUCCUAGUUAAUCAGGCCCAUCCUAUCCUGAGCCUGUCCUAGUUAAUCAGCCCCAUCCUAUCCUAAGCCUGUCCUAGUUAAUCCGGCCCUUCCUAUCCUGAGCCUGUCCCAGUAAAUGAGGCCCAUCCUAUCCUGAGUCUGUCCCAGUAAAUGAGGCCCAUCCUAUCCUGAGUCUGUCCCAGUAAAUGAGGCCCAUCCUAUCCUGAGCCUGUCCCAGUAAAUGAGGCCCAUCCUAUCCUGAGUCUGUCCCAGUAAAUGAGGCCCAUCCUAUCCUGAGUCUGUCCCAGUAAAUGAGGCCCAUCCUAUCCUGAGUCUGUCCCAGUAAAUGAGGCCCAUCCUAUCCUGAGUCUGUCCCAGUAAAUGAGGCCCAUCCUAUCCUGAGUCUGUCCCAGUAAAUGAGGCCCAUCCUAUCCUGAGUCUGUCCCAGUAAAUGAGGCCCAUCCUAUCCUGAGUCUGUCCCAGUAAAUGAGGCCCAUCCUAUCCUGAGUCUGUCCCAGUAAAUGAGGCCCAUCCUAUCCUGAGUCUGUCCCAGUAAAUGAGGCCCAUCCUAUCCUGAGCCUGUCCCAGUAAAUGAGGCCCAUCCUAUCCUGAGUCUGUCCCAGUAAAUGAGGCCCAUCCUAUCCUGAGUCUGUCCCAGUAAAUGAGGCCCAUCCUAUCCUGAGUCUGUCCCAGUAAAUGAGGCCCAUCCUAUCCUGAGUCUGUCCCAGUAAAUGAGGCCCAUCCUAUCCUGAGCCUGUCCCAGUAAAUGAGGCCCAUCCUAUCCUGAGCCUGUCCCAGUAAAUGAGGCCCAUCCUAUCCUGAGUCUGUCCCAGUAAAUGAGGCCCAUCCUAUCCUGAGCCUGUCCCAGUAAAUGAGGCCCAUCCUAUCCUGAGUCUGUCCCAGUAAAUGAGGCCCAUCCUAUCCUGAGUCUGUCCCAGUAAAUGAGGCCCAUCCUAUCCUGAGUCUGUCCCAGUAAAUGAGGCCCAUCCUAUCCUGAGUCUGUCCCAGUAAAUGAGGCCCAUCCUAUCCUGAGUCUGUCCCAGUAAAUGAGGCCCAUCCUAUCCUGAGUCUGUCCCAGUAAAUGAGGCCCAUCCUAUCCUGAGUCUGUCCCAGUAAAUGAGGCCCAUCCUAUCCUGAGUCUGUCCCAGUAAAUGAGGCCCAUCCUAUCCUGAGUCUGUCCCAGUAAAUGAGGCCCAUCCUAUCCUGAGUCUGUCCCAGUAAAUGAGGCCCAUCCUAUCCUGAGUCUGUCCCAGUAAAUGAGGCCCAUCCUAUCCUGAGCCUGUCCCAGUAAAUGAGGCCCAUCCUAUCCUGAGUCUGUCCCAGUAAAUGAGGCCCAUCCUAUCCUGAGUCUGUCCCAGUAAAUGAGGCCCAUCCUAUCCUGAGUCUGUCCCAGUAAAUGAGGCCCAUCCUAUCCUGAGUCUGUCCCAGUAAAUGAGGCCCAUCCUAUCCUGAGUCUGUCCCAGUAAAUGAGGCCCAUCCUAUCCUGAGUCUGUCCCAGUAAAUGAGUUCCAUCCUAUCCUGAGUCUGUCCCAGUAAAUGAGGCCCAUCCUAUCCUGAGUCUGUCCCAGUAAAUGAGGCCCAUCCUAUCCUGAGCCUGUCCCAGUAAAUGAGGCCCAUCCUAUCCUGAGUCUGUCCCAGUAAAUGAGGCCCAUCCUAUCCUGAGCCUGUCCCAGUAAAUGAGGCCCAUCCUAUCCUGAGCCUGUCCCAGUAAAUGAGGCCCAUCCUAUCCUGAGUCUGUCCCAGUAAAUGAGGCCCAUCCUAUCCUGAGUCUGUCCCAGUAAAUGAGGCCCAUCCUAUCCUAAGCCUGCCCUAGUUAAUCAGGCCCAUCCUAUCCUGAGCCUGCCCUAGUUAAUCAGGCCCAUCCUAUCCUAAGCCUGUCCUAGUUAAUCAGGCCCAUCCUAUCCUGAGACUGUCCCAGUAAAUGAGGGGAUUUUGUUUUGUUGUGUUUCACUACCUGUUGAAUCUCAAUACCAAAAGGGGCUGGGUAUCUGUUAAAGUAACUUUCCAGUGAAAAUCUCACUUUUAAUGCGGCAAUAUGUACUUUUUUUGGGCAACCCAACCAAAUAUGCAUAGAAAUGUGAGUUAUAGAUCUGUCAUUCUCAUUGAAAGCAAAUCUAAGAAGCAGUAAGAUGUGUUCUAUAUUUGCUUUUUUCUGUGCUUUCCUGUUUCUAAGUAAAUAAAUUUGAGUCUUUCGGUUUUUUGUACACCGACUUCAUA